CGUAACGUCCCCCCAAACACUAUCAUUUUGACUUUCGAUUUAACAGCUUCUUGUCGCCCGGUCGUCCUCUUUCCCAAUGUGAACGAAACACACUGGCCAGGAAAAGUCGAGGGCAACGGUUCAGUUAAUAUUCGGGUUCACCCAGGGUUAUGGCUGACGAGAGGGGCGGAGACGAAGACAUUAACGACAACAUGGGGAACCAGCUACAAGUUUUACCAGGUGAUGAGGAAGAGGAGGUGGAGGAAGACGACAUGGAGACGGAGGAUCGAGACGAUGAAGAGACAGAGAAGCCCAACAUCACAUUUGACCCCAGCCUUCCCACAUCACAUGCCUAUUUGGGUUCAGAAAUGGAGGAGUUCCACGGUCGAACAGUCCAUGACGAUGACAGCUGUCAGACCAUUCCGGUGCUGCCGCACACGACUGUGAUGCUGGUGCCGGGUCAGACACUUCCUCUGCAGCUCUUCCGGCCACAGGAGGUCAGCAUGAUGAGGAGUGUUAUCCAGAGGGACCGUACAUUUGCUGUGUUGGCACACAGUGAUCCAGGGGAGCCAGAGACAGGGUUUGGGACAACGGCUGAAAUCUAUGCAUACCGGGAGGAGCAGGAGUACGGCAUUGAGUCAGUCAAAGUGAAGGCUGUGGGGAGGCAGAGGUUCAAGGUCCAUGAAAUAAGAACUCAAGCAGAUGGGAUUAGACAGGCCAAAGUACAGAUCCUUCCAGAGCGGAUUCUUCCAGACCCACUGUGUGCUGUGCAGCUACUGCCCCUCUGCAGGCUCCAGGUUCACCCGUCCUCCAAACCCCCGACACAGAACUACAAACAGGCUCAGUGUUGGUGGAACAACUAUAAACAGAGGAAGUUCUACUGUGCCAGGCUGACGCCAUGGCCACCGUGGGUCUAUGCACUUUAUGACUCUGAGUCGCUCAUGAACCGAGUGAAGAAACAGCUCCACGAAUGGGACGAGAAUCUGAAGGAUGACUCCUUACCUACCAAUGUCGUGGACUUCUCCUACAGAGUUGCGGCCUGUUUGCCUAUAGGAGAAGCUCUGCGGCUGCAGCUGCUGAAGAUCGGCAGUGCCAUACAAAGACUGCGCUGUGAGCUGGACAUUAUGGACAGAUGCACGUCGCUGUGCUGUAAGCAGUGUCAGGACACAGAGAUCACCACCAAGAACGAGAUCUUCAGUUUGUCUCUCUACGGCCCCAUGGCGGCCUACGUUAACCCUCACGGCUACGUCCAUGAAACCCUGACCGUCUACAAGGCCAACAAUCUCAACCUGACCGGCAGACCGUCCACGCUGCACAGCUGGUUUCCAGGGUACGCCUGGACAAUCGCUCAGUGUCGGACCUGUGGAUCCCACAUGGGUUGGAAGUUUACGGCCACCAAAAAGGAUUUGUCCCCGUCUCGUUUCUGGGGUCUGACUCGCUCGGCCCUGCUCCCUCGUAUCCCCCAGGUGGAGGGCGAAGAGGGCAGGGAGACCUCUCGCCUCUUCUGCCUGUGACACCUGGAAGCUGGGCCUUGAAAAGCCUUGAACACAGAGCUCCAGCUCUUCUUCCAUCGCGAAUCCUCCAGUCGUCACUGCGUCUCACGCUUUGUCUCUUUGUCAACAAAUCCAUCAUAUUUUUAAGAAAGGGCAGAUCAGAACAACGGCAGUGAUGGUUCUGAAAGUGUGGCGAUGGCUCCAGGCAGAGGUGAGCGUGCAGCUUAACCAGUAAGGUGAAGGAGAACAGCAGGUGGAUGAAUGAAGACACGAUCCACUCGUUUGUUGUCGAGUGUCUUGACAUCAGCUGACAUCAGCUGACAGCAGGUCUCACCGACCAGCCCCACACAUUAAUCUACACAUUUUAGGAAAGAGGAACGAACUAACGAGUGACCAGUGAGUAUCCAGACAAAAACAAAAAAAUCUGUUCCGUAAAAAUGAACCGACUGUCGACUGCAGAGAAAUCCACCAGAACGUUUCACCCUGCUCCGUCUGGCUGCUCGGUGGCUCAGCUGCAGAUCCGUUAGACAGUUUCUGCUCAUCCUUUGACAUGUUUCAACACAGCGCGUGGCUUCACCUCAGCAGCAGGGGCCGGGUUGCUUCUGUGAACUCGCUGUAUUCAUAUUUAUUUCCAAAUAUCGUAAGGACAGGAACCGGUCUAUGGUUUUGAUUUUUGAUUUUCUUUCUCAUUUUCCCAUUAUGGAUAUGGCAGGUUGGGUUCGGCCUCACGCUCAUUUAGCGACGACUAGCACAAAAAGUGAGAAAAAAGUGAUGGGGUAGAUCAGAUGUCGUUGGGCCUGAUGUUUGGGAUCAGACUAAACCAAUCGGAGAUAAUCGUUUCUAGGAUGGAAAAAAAGAAGCCGGAAACUCGGAUCAGUUUCAUCAUGUAGCUCUCAUUACAAAUAAAUAAGGGACACACUGUCGUCCUACACGUCCUGCUGUUUCAGAGCUCAGACCGAGGUCUAAAAAACACAAAACAUUGUGGGGUAACUUAAAAUAUUAUACAAGUCCAUUCAGGUUCACCGUGAGACCACACGAACACAGACAGGGUCCUGAAAGAAGCGGCUCAUGUUGCAUUGCACUUGUGAUGAUAUUUUGAGUAUUUCAGAAUCCAAAAAGUCCUUCCAGUGGACUCACCACCUGCAGGAAGGUUCAGAGGGGUUGGUACGGUUCAAUGUAAUUUGGGUGGUGGUCAUGGAGACUGCCCGGUAACGGAUAAGUGGAUGAAAAUGGAUGGAUGUGGAAUCCAGAAAGACUGUUCUCAGAAAUUUCCCCUUAAAGGUUUUGUUUUCACCGAUGGCUGCGGAUGGAAACUUUGAUUCUCAAUUUUCUAAAUCAGUGCACAGAGAUUUUUUUGAUGCUCGUACUGCUGUGUCCACAAAAACAAAUCAUUUUUUGCAUCGAUGCGUCUUCACUACAGCGAGUCUGCUGUGUGUCCGACAAACGCUCCGUCAACAUGGCUGCACAACUGGCCGACUGUCACGGCAGAGAGUGUUUCGACUACUGGGAAUAAAUGAAAUUCAUGUAUUUGUAAGAGCAGAAAGAGUUUUCUUUUUCUGUUACUUGGGCCUUUGUGUAAUAAAAGAUAGGAGAGGAAUUAAAAAUAUAGAUUUGACUGGAUUUAAUGAGGAAUGUUUGAUUUGCCAGACCUAUGGUCUGAUAAUUUUUUUUUUUUUUCAGUUUAGUUCAGUCUGUGUUGGGUUAGAGUUGGUGUCUCCUGAUUAAAACACUGAUCUGCAGAAAUGAAUAAGACGUGAUGAAACUUUAGGUUUAUUUUAAAAUUUAUUUGAACGUUUUCUAAUCAGGGUUUCACUUGCAGUUGUGUUGCAGGAUGCUGGCUUACUUUGUAUAGAUGUCAAUGUGAAUUAGAGGCAACCAGUGAAAAUGUACUAGUAUGUUGUACUAGCGUGCUGUAGUAUUUUACAAACGCCUUGAUGAAGCUAACUCUUGUCUUCAGCUCAUUGAAUUCGAUCGAGGACGUUUCAACGUGUAGAACGGUUCGCUCUCACUCAGAGUCAGAUUUAUGAUUAUCACGAGGGUAAAUAUAAACUUUAAACUUCCUACAUCUAUGCAUGAGUGUUACCAAUCAGAAAAAAAAAAAACCUGGGCAGAAUUUGUACAUUUCCAAACCUGACGCCACCGCUUCGCUUCAGGAAUAAAACGCCGUCGCCACAACUGCAGCGAAGACAAAUUUGUGAUUUAUAUUCUUCCUCCUUGACUUUGUUCUGUGUCAGUGUUUUCUGGGCUGUCAACACUUUUUGUGUGUGUGUGUGUGUCACUCAAAAACAAGUGAAAAUGUGUCCCUCAACAAAGCAGCGGCCUGGCUUUUCCCAUCCCACGGCUGUACCACCGAGAAAAAUAAACAGUUCUCCUGUC